AUGGAUAUCACCACCAUACUCAACAAAAACCGAGCAUCAGUCGCGGUAGCCGCCGAAGCCCAGCUGCAGCAUCAGUUCGCUCAAGCCGCGCAUCUCAAAUCGCGAUCUCCCUCCGACAUGGGCUCCGAGCACAACCCCCUCCCCGCCGCCGCCGCCCAGCACCUCGCCUACUCUGCCAGCCCUCCGCCCAUCCAGCUCCCCAAUCUCUCCCAAUACCAUUCGGGAAACCACCACACCCCAUUAAUAAGAGGCACCUACCCCCCCGACCAGGAGAAUAUGUUUCCCAACGUCCCCGGCACCGCCAACGGAAGAGGAAACGGAGAGCCGGCGCCCAAGUCCUUUCACUGCCAAACGUGUUCCAAGGGAUUCGCGCGACGCAGCGAUCUGGCCAGACAUGAACGGAUUCACAGCGGUAUUCGCCCGCAUGUGUGCGAUUGGCCGGGCUGUGGCAAGCAGUUCAUCCAGCGCUCCGCUCUCACGGUGCACACUCGCGUGCACACGGGCGAGAAGCCCCAUAUGUGCGACCGUUGUGGAAAGCCCUUCAGCGAUUCGAGCUCGCUCGCCAGGCACCGGCGGAUACAUUCGGGGAAGCGUCCCUACAAGUGCCCGUACGCCAACUGCCAGAAGACCUUCACGCGCCGCACCACGCUGACGCGGCACCAAAACCACCACACCGGCACGAUCGAGGAAGCCGCCGCGGAGACGGAGGCGAACCUUCGACAGGGCAAGCUGGGCCGCCCAGGCGAUGGAAUGUACUCCGAAUCGCCCUCCGCCCACGGCACUCCUUCGCCGGCCCAACGAAACUCGCUCUCACCGAAACACGAGCUGCCGCCGCUCAACCCGCACCGGCCGAUGGGCGACUAUCAUUUCCUGGGCAACGGCUCGCUGCCGCCGCACCUACGCGGCGACUUCCACCAUCACCACCACCACCACCACCACGCGCAGCCCAGCCCACGCGCGUCACCGUCGUCCGCGCCGUCGCCCACGCUCUCCAGCUUCUCGCUCUCGCACCACGCCCGCCCGUCGCUAACCUCGCACCCCAGCGGCUACGGCCCGCCGCAGCCCCUCGAGCCCCCGCCCAAUCACAGCUCCACGUCGCGGCCCAGCAGCGUCGCCGGCGGCAGCGGCAGCGGCAGCGGCGGCGGCGGUGCCAGCCCGCACUUGGCCGCCUCCGUCGGCUGGGCGUCGCCCCCGCUGAACGGCAUACCUUCGCCCGGCUCCGUGUCCGCUGCCGCCCCUGAGUACGCGUACCCGGAGCCGUCUGCGCCUCCUCCUCAUCCUCCCCCGUUCGUCGCGCCCGCCCACAUGUACUACCCCAAUUCCUCCAUCCGUCGCCCGCAGAGCACCGAGCCGGAUAAUUACGAGCUGCGGCCGAAGAUCGAGGAGCCCUGGGUCGCGCAUGUUUGA